GAUGAAGAAAAACAUCACACACACACACACACAAACAUCUCUCACACCUUCACUUCACACAUCGAACAAGAAGAUAAUCCUUUAAAUCACAUCACAUUCACAUUCAACACCUACAUAUUUUCAGAUUCCUGAAUCCAAAUCUUCAUUACACACGUGUGCGGAAAGCAGCGUUUGACCGUAAACGUGUUUCGAACAAGUUGGUUUCGUUUCGGGACAGAGAGGACAAUUCAGUUGAAUUUGUUUGUGCAUUGAAAUUGUUGUAGAACCAUUCUGCUUUAGUAAUUUAUGCACUGUUGUUAUCCUGUGAAGAAGUUGUGGAAUUGGUGUGAUGCAUUUUUCGGGCCGGGUCAAUUGAAGAAAGAAUAUCUGAAGUAGUGAGUUAUGGGCUCAACGGGUAGAGAAGAGAGAACGGAGAAGCUGGAAACGGGUUCGGAUGCUGCUGAGAAAAUAGUAGUUGCUGUUAAAGCAUCUAAAGAAAUCCCCAAGACUGCUUUGAUUUGGGCUUUGACUCAUGUGGUUCAACCAGGGCAUUGCAUUACAUUACUUGUGGUCUUGCCUGCACAAAGUUCUGGUAGAAGAUUAUGGGGGUUUCCGAGAUUUUCUAAGGACUGCGCUAGCGGCAGCGGGAGAUUUAAUAUCGGAACAAGCUCAGAUCAAAAGGUCGAGAUUGCAGAUUCCUGCUCCCAAAUGAUCCUUCAGCUUCACGACGUUUAUGAUCCUAAUAAGAUAAACGUAAAGAUAAAAAUUGUGUCCGGAUCGCCAUGUGGAGCAGUUGCCGCGGAGGCCAAGAGAAUUCUAGCUAGCUGGGUUGUAUUGGACAAGUAUGUCGAAUUAAAUUUGCGAACGUUUAUAACGUUUACACUCUUUUAUUGCUUUCACUUACAUUUUGGUGAAUAUAACUUUUGCAGGAAGCUCAAACAUGAACAAAAGCAAUGUAUGGAUAACUUACAAUGCAACAUUGCGAUAAUGAAAAAAUCACAGCCGAAAAUUCUUCGUCUGAAUCUAGUCGGUUCACCUAAGAAGAAACCCGAAGCUGACUGCCCAUUACCUUCAUCAAACAAACCGUCUGAAAAACUAACGAAAAACCGAAACAAAUCUCUCGAAUCCGUUCGCGGGUCUGUCGUUACACCAACAAGUAGUCCUGAGGUCUUUACCGCAACUGAAGCCGGAACCGGAAAUUCAUCAGUCUCAAGUUCUGACCCGGGGACUUCACCGUUUUUUAUCCCGGUAACGAAUAGUUCGUUAAGCAAAGAUAAAGCAUUAGCCGAAGAAGAGAGUCGGGAUCUCGUAGAGUCGAGUUCGGACUCCGAAAGCGAGCAUUUGUCGUCAACUUCCUCUAGCUUACGGUUUCAACCAUGGAUGGUGGAUGCUGUCGUAUCCAGCUGUCAAUCGGUUCAAAACCGCGAAGAAGGUUCUCGACGAUAUAAUUCACUAGCCGAAACGUCUACAUCUCACGACAUGUUCCGAAGGUUAUCAAAGAUUGAUAGAGAUCGCGAGCAUGGAAGCCAUAGAAGUGAAGUGGAAUUUAACGGUAACGUUAGAGAAGCUAUAUCUUUGUCGAGAAAUCUACCGUCGGGCCCACCUCCGUUGUGCUCGAUAUGUCAGCAUAAGGCACCGAUAUUUGGGAAACCACCAAGGUGGUUUACUUACGCUGAGCUGGAGCUUGCGACCGGAGGAUUCUCGCAAGCUAAUUUCUUGGCCGAAGGAGGAUUUGGUUCAGUACAUCGAGGGUUACUUCCGGAUGGUCAGGCGGUUGCCGUUAAGCAACACAAACUAGCAAGUUCUCAAGGGGAUCAAGAGUUUUGUUCAGAAGUCGAAGUGCUGAGCUGUGCUCAGCAUCGGAAUGUGGUUAUGUUGAUUGGAUUUUGUAUCGAGGAUGGGCGGAGGUUGCUUGUUUAUGAAUAUAUAUGCAACGGGUCAUUGGAUUCUCAUCUUUAUGGACGUCAUCGAGAUCCGUUAGAUUGGGCAGCAAGACAAAAGAUUGCAGUUGGAGCAGCCCGAGGCUUGAGAUAUCUUCAUGAAGAAUGCAGAGUAGGUUGCAUUGUGCAUCGAGACAUGCGGCCAAACAACAUCCUUAUCACCCAUGAUUUUGAACCAUUGGUAGGGGACUUUGGUCUAGCAAGGUGGCAACCUGACGGUGACACCGGAGAGGAAACAAGAGUAAUCGGAACAUUUGGAUACCUGGCUCCUGAGUAUGCACAAAGUGGCCAGAUCACUGAGAAAGCGGAUGUAUAUUCCUUUGGAGUUGUACUGGUGGAACUUGUUACAGGACGGAAAGCAGUGGAUCUUUCCCAACCUAAAGGCCAGCAAUGCCUCACAGAAUGGGCACGCCCAUUGUUGGAAGACGAUGCCAUUGAUGAGUUAAUCGACCCACGGUUAGGGAACUCUUACUCGGAAGAAGAGGCGUAUUGCAUGUUGCAAGCUGCUUCUCUGUGCAUUAAACGAGACCCACAAUUACGCCCUCGUAUGUCACAGGUGUUACGGAUACUAGAAGGGGACAUGAUCAUGGAUUCGGGUAAUGACGUUGGGAACAGGAGUGGUAGAAUUUACAUGGAUCAUCAACAGAGUCCGAUUCAAGAGACAUUCGAAGGGUUUAGCAGCAAACUUUCUCUCGACUCAACGAGACCUUGUCGGCAUAGACAAAAAAGCCACGACUACAUGUGAAGAUCCAAGGUAACGAUGCAAACGCCAAACACGACCAGCUUUUUUGUUCAUUUUGUAUGCUUUUGUCCUUGUAGAGGACAUGCUUAGUUAGUGUUUUGUAAUUUAUCUUGCAUGAAGUAAAAAGUGCACAAAGUGUCGGUUAAAUUCCCGGUGAAUA